AGAGAAAACUGCAGUCAAGCCGAUGUAUUGUAGAGAUACGGGGAUGCACUGAAAGUGUUUGGGUGAGAUAGUGAAGAAAGCAUCAUUGCAGGUGGAGGAGGAGCAGCAGCAAAAGCAGGACGACCCGACCGUGAAGCUGGUAAGACGAGUUGUGGUGAAAAUACAGACGCCUCCUCCCCCUCGGUGUAGACGCAGAGGUCGCGCAGUAGAAACCCACCGCGACUUCACGCUCACCAGCUCGGAUGAAGCUUCAUUGCCUUCGGUCUGCCCUGGAUGGUUGUGCGAAGAGAAAUAAUGAAUGAAAACAUCUGGGUGCUGCGCAGUUUGGAGGAAACGGUUCAACUCUGUCGGAGGUCGUACGCAUUUUUCUGCCUUUUUGUAUUUCCUUCUUGCUGAAUCUCGUGGACAUUUUGGAUUUCGUUAAAUGAUCCGAGUCGCCAAGUUUUGAAGAUUAUAAGGACCGGUUCGGCCACCUUUCAGUCAUCCGUUUACUUUGUGAGUCAUAAUAAGGGAAGCAAACAGUUUUAAAGUGAGAAAACAAGCGGUACAGCAUUGAACAACUUAGUGCUGCUGUUGCUGCUGCUGCUGUUCUUCAAGUAGCCAACACAAGCUCGCUGCUAACACUGGCUAGAAAACCCAGAGAAAACCGACUGAAAGAAAAAAACCCACAACGCCCUCAAAUGCCCUUUAACUGGAGUUUUAUUCUCAUAGAAGCAUUUUUCCCAUAACCGAAGGAACAUUAAAUGAUAAAGUGACUCUACAUUAAGCAAGGUACAUCCGUUGUCUGCCAUCCACUUGGAUCCAGGUCCUUGAAUCCUAAAUGACAAGUGACUGAGGAUGUCCAAGCGCAGCUUGUUUGUUCGUCUAGUGCCCUGCCGCUGCUUGCGGGGUGAGGAGGAGACGGUAACAUCGCUGGACUACUCCCACUGCAGCCUGGAAACUGUUCCUAAGGAGAUCUUUAGCUUUGAGAAGACCCUGCAGGAACUCUAUCUCGAUGCCAAUCAGAUCGAGGAACUGCCUAAACAACUGUUUAACUGCCAGCUACUACACCGGCUGAGCAUGCCAGAUAAUGACCUUACAGUGUUGCCAGCAGCGAUAGCAAAUCUCAUCAAUCUCAGGGAGCUUGAUGUCAGCAAAAACAGCAUCCAGGAGUUUCCAGAAAACAUUAAGAACUGCAAAGUUCUAGCUGUGGUGGAAGCCAGUGUAAAUCCUAUUUCAAAGCUCCCAGAAGGCUUCACCCAGCUUCUAAACCUGACACAGCUCUACCUGAAUGAUGCUUUUCUGGAGUUUCUUCCAGCCAGUUUUGGCAGGUUGACUAAAUUACAGAUUUUGGAGUUGAGGGAGAACCAGUUAAAGGUGUUGCCAAAAAGCAUGCAGAAGCUCACGCAGCUGGAGAGGUUGGACCUGGGCAGUAAUGAGUUCACUGAAGUGCCUGAGGUGUUGGAGCAGCUCACUGGAAUCAAGGAGUUGUGGAUGGACGGGAACCGCCUGACAUAUUUACCUGGGAUGCUUGGAAUGCUGAAACAGCUGGUUUACCUGGAUGUGUCCAAAAACAACCUGGAGAUGGUAGAUGAGCAAAUCUGUGGCUGUGAGAACCUGCAGGACCUUCUGCUCUCCAACAAUGCUCUCACACAGCUGCCCGGCUCCAUUGGUUCACUGAAGAAACUGACUGCACUGAAAGUGGAUGAGAACCAGCUGAUGUACUUACCAGACUCUGUUGGAGGCCUGACAAAUCUGGAAGAGCUGGACUGCAGUUUCAAUGAGAUUGAAGCCUUGCCGUCCUCUGUGGGCCUGUGCAUUGCCAUGCGCACGUUUGCUGCUGAUCACAACUUCCUUGCUCAACUUCCUCCAGAGAUGGGAAACUGGAAGCACGCAUCUGUGCUCUUCCUACAUUCCAAUAAGCUGGAGUUGCUGCCUGAGGAAAUGGGUGAAAUGCAAAGGCUCAAAGUCAUUAAUCUGAGCAACAACAAGUUGAAGAAUCUCCCUUACAAUUUCACUAAACUGAACCAGAUGACUGCGAUGUGGCUGUCCGAAAACCAGUCAAAACCUCUCAUCCCUCUGCAAAAAGAAGAAGAUCCAGAGACUCACAAAACUGUCCUGACCAACUACAUGUUCCCCCAGCAAACCAGGACUGAAGACUACAUCACCAACUCUGAUUCUGAGAGCUUCAACCCAGCUCUGUGGGAGGAACAACGUAAGCACCGAGCUCAGGUGGCCUUUGAAUGUGACGAGGAUAAAGAUGAGCGGGAGACACCACCAAGGGAGGGAAACCUGAAGCGCUACCCGACUCCAUAUCCGGACGAACUAAAGAACAUGGUCAAGACGGCCCAGUCUGUGGCUCACAGACUGAAGGAGGAUGAGUCAAGUGACGAGUCGGGCCGAGAGGCUAAACCAAUUGAAAGGAAUCACAUUGGUGUCCAGGAUGUGGGUGUAAAGGUCAUAGAGGCACCCUCCACCAAUGGCACAAUGUCAGACAAUGAGACUGGAGUCUCUGCAGAAAACCCAUCUGGACAUGACUCAGAAGACACUUUGGACACAUCUUACAGUUCUCAAAGAGUUCCACUGAAAUCCUCAGAGGGCUCUGCUCUGAACCAUGAGGACACACUAGAGGAUUCUGAGGAGCUUUCGGAUGAAGAGGAAGAGGAGAUGAAAAUCGCUGAGAUGAGACCUCCUCUUAUUGAGAUAUCUAUCAACCAGCCUAAAGUAGUGACUUUAAGUAAAGACAAAAAAGAUGAUGGUAAAGACGCCGACUCUUUGCUGGAUGACACAGUUGCCAACAGCAAUCAAAACAACAGUAACUGUUCAUCCCCAUCGCGCAUGUCUGACUCGGUGUCUUUGACCACUGACAGUAGUCAGGACAACUCUCUGUGCACCCCGGAGAGAGAAGCACAGAUGCCUUUUCUCCCCAAAAGCCGACACGAGGAUGAGAAUAUGAACCAGCCCAAGAACAUCACCCCUCUCCUUCAUAACGGAAACGGUUCUGAAACUUCUCUUCAGGCCCUUUUAAAAAGCCAGCAGUCGCCAACAGAAAAAAUGGGAGACUACGACCUUUCCAUGGAGGCCAGGUUGGCCUUCAUCGAAAAGGGAAUGAACAAUGGUAUGGAAGGGGGCUACACAAAGUGGGACCAGAUUAACAUGAAUGUGUCCAAGCUCCCAAACAACAAUGUGCUUCAGCUGGACCAGCUGGACAGAUCUAAGAAUGGUUCAUUGGUGCAGGAGAACCUGGGCAGCAAGCAGGCUUUCAGCAAUGACAACUUGGAGCAUUUACAAAAUGGAAACCAGCAGGUCGCUGACUGUAUAAAUAGUCUGGGGAACAGAAGCCAAGCAGUGAGAGCAGAGACAUCUGCUGUGCAUGUGGCCUCGACAGGCGUGACAGCCAGCAGCGACAUGUCGCUGUCUCACAGCACAGAGGAGCUGUCUCCAGAGAAACGCUGCCCUCCUCCGCAGGUGGUGAAGUCCCACAGUGUCAGCAACAUAGAAGCAGGAGGUUUGAAGCUCUACUCCUUUGAUGGAGAUGAAGAGGCUUUUGACCAAAUGGCAAUGGCAGUGACGACGGGACCUGGCCCGGCCUCAGGAGCUCAGGGCCAGAGUAUAGUGAGGAGCAAGUCCGCUGGUCAGUUACUCAAUGAUCAGACUCUACAGGUCUACCCCAACUCCUCUGCAUCUUCCUCAGACCUGCUGUCCUCGUCCAAGCCUCCUGUCAGCACCAGCAGAUACCCGGCCUCAUCCAUCAUGCCCAUGGGCAUCCAUCCUCCUCAGUACAAUGUACAGUACACGAGUAACGCCGUGCCAAAAGAGGGCCUUUGGGCUCAGAGGAUGCCUAUGGCCCCAGAGCACCAGGGCUACCUCCCCCCUCCUUCGCACUCACUAGCCAACACCAACUACUCCAAUCGGAAUCAGGCACCUCCUUACCCUCUACCACCGCAGCAAUGGGGGCCUCCUAUGGCUCCUAAACCCACUGGAGACAUGUGGACGAAGGAGAGGCUCCUUUCUUCUAGCGGUCAGCUCCGCAGCAGCACGCUGCAGAGGCAAAGCAGCAGCUCAUCCACAGCAUCCAUGGGUGACCCCAGGCGCAUGCAGCUGCCCGAGGGUGAAUACAUGACAUACAGGGACAUACACACCCUUGCUAGGGGCCCGCUGGCAAUGAGCCAAGCCAUGCAGAGGCCCCUGUCGGCCCGCACUUACAGCAUCGACGUUCCCGGAACAUCCAGACCUGUGGCUGCACGGCCUCAGCCGCACGAACUUCCAGAGAGGACCAUGUCUGUCUGUGACUUCAACUACCAGCACAGCAGCCCCAGCAAAAGACCCAACAACAGGGUGAAGUCCGAGCACUCGCUCCUGGACGGUCCAGCCCAGGUGUCAGGAGGCAUUGGAGGAGGAAGGGUGCCAGUUGACUGGAGAGACCAGGUGAUGCGUCACAUCGAGGCCAAGAAAUUGGAAAAGAAUGCACUGUCUCGGUCCUAUAAUUCCCAUAAUGCUCCGCUGAGCUGGUCUCCCUACCGCAGCUGUAGGGACAUGCAUGCCAGCCAUGGUUCUCUGGUCUUUAAUGUCCCAGAGGGACAGUCCUCUGCAUCAGUGAGCGAUGAUCUGUACGGUCCCCCAGGACAACAAGGAUACAUUGACCCUCACAGAAAAGUGCCUUUGAUGAACGGUCAAAUGGGCACUUCUGCUCGUCCUCAGAUGACCCAGGUGCCCAUGGCCCGUCACCCUUCCAGAGAGCAGCUGAUUGAUUACUUGAUGCUUAAAGUCUCCCAACAGCCCCAAGGCCCUACCCGAGGCUCCCAUGAUGCAGUGCAGCAAGAGAUCCGUGUAAAGGUGGAGAAGAAUCCAGAACUGGGUUUCAGUAUAUCAGGAGGAGUGGGAGGUCGAGGAAACCCCUUUCAUCCAGAUGACAAUGGUAUAUUUGUGACAAGAGUCCAACCUGAAGGACCUGCCUCAAAGAUUCUGCAGCCUGGAGACAAAAUUAUUCAGGCAAACGGAUACAGCUUUGUGAAUAUUGACCAUGGGAACGCUGUUUCCCUGCUGAAGACAUUUCCAAACACUGUGGAUAUGAUUAUCAUGAGAGAUAUUCAAGCAUAGACUCCACUGACACUGCCCUCUGGAGAAAGGAGGGUGAGGAGAGAGGGAGACAAACAGUUGUGUUCACUUGUAUUUUUUUAUGCACAGAAGAGGCUGAUGUGUUGACACCUGCGUGGACUAUUUAUACGUCACAACUUUGGUUAAAAUUGGGGAAAACCACUGAAUAUAGUGGAUACAAGUGGGAGAGAAGCAAACAUCAAGUACGAUUCCUCAAAAGGCCAUCACUGUGGUAUCUAUAUAUUUUUAUACAAAAGAAGCUGAAGAUGCUCUGAUGCAAAUAAUUACUGUGGUCUUUGUACAGAUCAUUUUUUAAGUCUGAAACUCAUGAUUCAUUUAUCUCUUCUUGUUGUGGAUAUACUUAAAUCAACCACUAGAGGGGGACAAAAAUCCCUCUCUCCUGUCAUCCACUCUGACCUUAUUUUUAAUUUAAAAAGUUUAAACUUGUUUUUGGUCUGCCCAGUGAUCUGUAAACGGAGGACAGUGUUAUGUGCUUUCCGUGUGGAGACGAAUGUAGAACAAGAUGGAGUUCAGAAUCGAUGUUUUGAUUUUAUUUUUUUUUCUUUUCCUCUUCUGGUGAGAUCGAAGAGUGAAGAGGAAACCAUCACCGUUUGGCUUCCAUAAACCUCUUCCUAACCAUACUCCAUCGUGCAUCCAUCUGCCCUCAGUUCAUCUCACAUCUUCUAACAAAAGCAGCUCAACUGACCUGACCUGACAACCACUGGUGCUGUAUGGAAGCAAAAAUCAUGGCUCUCACUGUGCAUGUGAUCAGUUGGAGAAACUGUGAAAUUGAACUGAAAAUCAAACAUAAGCUCAACAAGAAAGAAAAUGAAAGUGCAUCAUUGAGGAUUUAGAUCUUCCUUCAUCUGCUCUGCUUCUUUGAGGUUUUCGACUAACCUUCGGGUAUUUUGGGAAAUCAACCUCAUUCUGGCAGAUUGUUUGAUGGGAUCGGAGCUAAUGGCUUGUUUCACUCAAAGUUGUCAGAGAAGAGGUCGAGAAACAAUCUCAUAAUGGACUCUAUGCUAACCUCUUUCUAGACUAAGAGCUGUCAGAAUGUCUUUCAUAACCUGUCGAAAUGUGUUGCUUACACAUGUGGACUAGAUUACACGUGGACUCUGUAGGUACAGAACUACAGAUUUUUGGUACCUUCUAGUCAAAACCAGUCUAUCAUUUCCCAGUUUCCAGUCUUUAUGGUAAGCUAUGCUAACAAGCUACCAGCUGGAGUCCAUCAGAAUCUAAAAAAGGCCCCCUGCAUUUCCCUUCAUGAAAACUUGGACAUUAGAAGUGGGUUUUUGCUAGUUAACCAAAGCAAGUGUAGCAGUAAAGGACUGGAGGCAAAAGCAGGAGUCAAACUGAAGACGGACGUCGGAACAGGUCAAAGUUUUACAUGUUUUAUUUUUAAAGGGCUUCAUCUUUCAGAAACGCAGCAGCUGAUGGUGGGUUUUUAUUGCAGUUUCAUUUUGUAAAUGGGAUAGAGACCACAGUUUGCCUUUUUUUAGCCUAUACAUGUGUUUCGAUCACACUUUUUACUCGUACAUCAGUAUCUGUUUUUCCCCCUUCCCUCUACAUCGUAUAGAAUUUGAAGAAUCAAGUUGGUAAGUGCCAUAGACCUUGAACUGUUUUGAAUAGGGGAGGAGUUUUCACCCCGGACCUUGAGCAAUAUUCACAUUUCCACCAGUAAAUUUCCAGCAUAAUUGCUUAAAAGCAAUACAAGAGCGUUUCUGUUCAACCAUGAAACUAUUUGGUUUUAUCUUAUAACAACUUUUACUAAACCCUGAUGAUUUUACGUGAUUUUUUUUUAUAAGGCAAAGAAAAUAAUUUUGUAAUGAAACAGCACAGUAAAUGAGUAGGUUGUGCUAGAAACAAGCAGUUAACUGAAUUGUUGUAUUUGUAUGAGCUGAAGUGAUCUGCUUACAUUGUAAAAAAAAUGUGGCAACAACAGCAAAAGUAUAAUUUGACUGUUGAAAGAAGCAUGUGUUUUUAAAGGCAGCAUAGGUAAUGUUAUGAGCAACUGUGAGUUUAAUGAAAUCAGCUGCUACUGGGAUGGUCAAAAAUCAUAGAUUGACAUCUUUAAUUAUUUCAGCAGUACAUUUUUAAUUUUGUACAGAAAAUCUUAGAUUGAUUUUACUUUAAAUAUCACCCCAUUCAAACUUUGCUUUAAAAAAUCCCCAAUUCAAAGUCAAAAUUUAAUUUUCUUUUUCACAUGAAAUGUUGUUUCACACAGAUGAGCUGUUUUUCGUAAUGUUUGUUUGAAUUUCAUUUGUGAUUUUCGUUGACUUUUUAAAGAGUAGAUGAUGAAAACUUCUGGGGUAAUGGUCACUUUAUAUAUUGAUGGCUGAGACAUACAGUGUGACAGUGUAGACAAUCUGGUUCAUCAGUCAAGUCACAUCUCUCUGUUCAUUCACGUUGGUCUGUUUCUUAUGCACUCUCUUACUGUUCUUAUUUAUUUAGCAACCUUCUGUGGACUUUAAGACCUUACUAAUCAAAUUGUAAAUACUCUUAAAAAUUGAUGAUAAAUGGCAUUAGUGACUUGCGAUUGUAAAACCAGCAAUAAAUUGCAAUGCAGAGGCAUCCAUUUUGAUGUAUAGCUAGUAAUUUUUAAGGUUUCUCUUGAAACCGCCACAGUGAAAUGAUUGAUAUGCAUUUAUCCAACAUUCCAGAUUUUGUAUAUAAAUAAAUACCUGUUUCUGAAGUAACCUGUGGAGAAAUAAACUAAUGCUCUGUAAUGAGGA